AUGCAGACCUCUCGACUGGAAUUAGUUCGAUUGACCAAAUCUCAUGUCGCUGGCUACCACGCCAUUUGGUCCGACCCGCUCGCAACGCGAUGGAGCACACAUGGUCCCUGUGAGGAUAUCAACGCCAGUGAGAGGUGGAUGUCAGAGCUACUCCUCGAUGCAAACCCCCUCGGCGAGAACUACGCGGUCUUGCUUCGGUCCGACAUCGACCAGCUUGAUCACCCGUGCCACAAGUCGGCUUGGGAGAAUGGCGAUGAGGCUGUCCUCAAGCCGGGUGGCUUCUUAGGCUGGGUUGGAACAUGGAAGUCAGAACCAACUCCCGAAGUGGGCUUCAUCUUUCAUCGAUCUGCAUGGGGCUUCGGCUUCGCCACCGAAGCCCUCGAAGCGUUUCUCGGCAUAUUUUGGCGGUCGAAGCCACAAUUUGGCAUCCUUGAGGCUUAUUGUGACACGGAAAAUGCCGCCUCUAUUCAUGUCUUGGAAAAAUGUGGCUUUAAGUUGAUGGAACGGAUCGACGGCGAUUAUGUCUUGCCCUGGAUGGAGCCGUCGAUACGAAAUGUCCUUCGGUUUCGAGCCACGCGAUGUGCUUGA